AUGGGACCGCUUCUGGCAGCUCUUGAGAUCAAGUACGAAUUGCCAUGUCGAGAUGACAUAUGGGAAGGAACGACAGCCGAAGACUGGCAGGCUCUAGUCUUCGCCCAGGAUGGGUCCUUCAACGAAGAAGAGGAUGAAGAUGCCAAUGCUGAACCCCGACCUGCUCAUGGAGAUCUUUACGGGUGUCUGGCGCAAUUGAUGAACCCCGAUCCGUCCGCGCGGGGUCGUCCGCCGGGUUUACUCUGGCAGUCAUCGUUCACAUGCUUGGUGCUCAUAAUCCAGAUAUUGAUGAUGACGCGUGAUCUGACACUUGCGGGGUCUUUCUUAUACCACAACAUCCGGCCAGGAGAAAGCAAGAACAACUUAUCGAUUAUCUCAGAAGUCAACCGAGCGCCGAUAAUGCAAGCCCUGGACUCCCUUGCGGAUCUGAUGCGCAAGCCGAUUCACCACCUUGGAAGUUCAUCCACGAAUUCUGCCAGCUGGGACCGCGUUUGGACCAUGUGGCAUUACGCGGCAUUGAGCCUCACUCAUCAAGAAGCCCUUCUAACCAGUGGCAUCGUCGAGUACAGCUUGCCAAACGCAAUUUCGACAUGCUGGGAACUGAAUAAGCCUCGGUCAAAACAGCACCGUGAUGUUUAUGACGAUAGAGAUGGUAAGCAUGCAGAGGUCAUCAUCUUCACGCGGGCUUUGCUGAUAACCUUUGCGGCGGAUAGUUACAAGGAUCGCAAGCAACAUGGAGAACAUCCUGAUGCUCAUGUCUCGUUCAUCGAGGAGUUCUGUCUCUGGCUCUACGUCCAUACCCACAACGUCAACAUCCCAGGCGCCCGAGUUCCCAGCAUCUAUGCCGUGACUUCACAGGUUCUUUUAGGCGGUAUUCUGGCAGCUAUAAACUCUGAUGAUAAUCCAGUCAAUAUUUCCGAGACGCCUGAGGCGAGAUACUUGACAUGGGUUGAAGCGAACUUUGCAAGUCAAAAGUUUUGGCCCUUGGGCAAAUGGAUCGUCGCAGUAUUCAAUGACUGA